UCAGCAGUGGUGGUCUGAUUUCGUGUAUCUCAACGAAGUGAACGCAUUUUCAAAGAAAACGAAUUAAAAUGGCAUCUUUCAUUGGCAAGAAGUACAAACUGGACAAGUCCGAGAACUUCGAUGAGUACAUGAAGGAGUUGGGCGUUGGCAUGGUUUUGCGCAAAAUGGGCAACACCGUCAGCCCCACCGUGGAGGUGACCGUGGACGGCGAUACCUACACACUGACCACCACAUCGACAUUCAAGACCUCCGCCAUUAGCUUCAAGCUGGGCGAGGAGUUCGAUGAGGAGACUUUGGAUGGCCGCAAAGUCAAGAGCGUGAUCACUCUUGAUGGUAACAAACUGACGCAGGAGCAGAAGGGCGACAAGCCCUCGACCAUUGUGCGCGAGUUCAACGACAACGAACUGAUUACCACACUCACCAUUGGCAACGUCAAGAGCGUGCGCAUCUACAAGGCAGUCUAAGCAUCCAUUUCGACUGCAAACUUGACUGAACUAUCAACUGUCUAAACUAUAUUUGCAUUGUGAACUGAUUCCCAGUUUAGUAAUAUAUAUAUUGUUAUUGAUUAACAACGCAACAAAA